UUUGCACGCAUUAAAACACCUCUGCUCUCCAACAGUGUGUGCGAACUAGAGCCCGAAAAAUAAAAACGAGACUCUUAUUUUUUUUUUUUUACUUAGUUAUUAUGACCCGGAUCACCGCUCAAAAGUGGGACUCCGUGAAUCGGCUGCUGUUAGCUUAGCUCACCUUAGCCCGCAGACUCGAAUCUUCAUUGGCUUUUCUAUUAGCACGCUAAGUUGCUACUAGCCCGCUGGGAGUCGGCUGUAAUCAGUGAAUAGUCCAAAGAAAGACAUGUCUAAACUGCGCUGAAGGAGAGCAACUAUCACUGUGGUAAUCUGCGGGAAAGCUUUUUAACCGCUUUACCGGAAACCGAUAAGUAUCCGGCGUAACGGUCUUUUUAAAAAAAUAAGCCUUGUCGGUUGUCAUCUGGGGAGGGGAGAAGCUAGCGCUAGCUCGUUGCUAUCGAAGGUUAGGAGCGGCACAAAUCUCCAUGAGAUAACGUUGCGCCGCUAUACAGGCUUUAAGGGGCUUUCAUAUUUCCGGUGUUCGUAUUAACGAGAAUCUCAGCGGACACCUGCUUUUUUUUUGGACGAGCGGACGAGACACUCAAGAAGCUCUAUGCCAGCAGAAAUGACGAUGUUGGCCGACCACCCAGCCAGACAGCUGCUGGACUUCAGUCAGAAACUGGACAUCAACCUGUUGGACAAUGUCGUCAACUCCAUGUACCACGACAUCGGAUCCCAGCAACGAGUGGCCCAGGAAGUCCUCACCAACCUGAAGGACCACCCGGACGCCUGGACGAGGGUGGACACCAUCCUGGAGUUCUCUCAGAACAUGAAAACCAAAUACUAUGCGCUGCAGAUCCUGGAGACGGUCAUCAAAACGCGCUGGAAGAUUCUGCCCAGAAAUCAGUGUGAAGGCAUAAAGAAGUACGUUGUUGGGUUGAUCAUCAAGACUUCAUCUGACCCUGCCAACAUGGAGAAAGAGGGGGUGUACAUUUCAAAACUCAACAUGAUCCUCGUACAGAUCCUGAAGCAGGAGUGGCCCAAGCACUGGCCCACCUUCAUCAGCGACAUCGUGGGCGCCAGUCGGACCAGCGAGAGCCUCUGUCAGAACAACAUGAUCAUCCUCAAGCUGCUCAGCGAGGAGGUGUUUGACUUCUCCAGUGGCCAGAUGACGCAGGUGAAGGCCAAGCACCUCAAGGACAGCAUGUGCAACGAGUUCUCCCAAAUAUUCCAGCUGUGCCAGUUUGUGAUGGAGAACUCCCAGAAUGCCCCUCUGGUCCAUGCCACGCUGGAGACUCUCCUGCGCUUCCUGAAUUGGAUUCCUCUAGGUUACAUCUUUGAGACUAAGCUCAUCAGCACGUUGGUCUACAAGUUCCUCAACGUGCCCAUGUUUCGCAACGUGACGCUGAAAUGUCUGACGGAGAUCGCCGGCGUGAGCGUCAACCAGUACGAGGAGCAGUUUGUCAACCUGUUCACCCUCACCAUGUGCCAGCUCAAGCAGAUGCUGCCGCUGAACACCAACAUCCGCCAGGCGUACUCCAACGGGAAAGACGACGAGCAGAACUUCAUCCAGAACCUCAGCCUGUUCCUCUGCACCUUCCUCAAAGAGCACGGACAGCUCAUCGAGAAGAGGCCCAACCUGCGCGAGACGCUCAUGGAGGCCCUGCACUUCAUGCUGCUGGUGUCGGAGGUGGAGGAGACGGAGAUCUUUAAGAUCUGUCUGGAGUACUGGAACCACCUGGCGGCGGAGCUCUACAGGGAGAGUCCCUUCUCCACCUCCAGCACGCCGCUGCUGUCCGACGUCCCGCCGCGGCGACACCUCUACCUGCCCGUGCUGUCCCAGGUGCGCCUGCUGAUGGUGAGCCGCAUGGCCAAACCGGAAGAGGUGCUGGUGGUGGAGAACGACCAGGGCGAGGUGGUCCGGGAGUUCAUGAAGGACACGGACGCCAUCAACCUCUACAAGAACAUGAGGGAGACCCUCGUUUAUCUCACCCAUCUGGACUACGCCGACACGGAGCGCAUCAUGACGGAGAAGCUCCACAACCAGGUGAACGGCACAGAGUGGUCGUGGAGGAACCUGAACAUGCUCUGCUGGGCCAUCGGCUCCAUCAGCGGGGCGAUGCACGAGGAGGACGAGAAGAGGUUCCUGGUGACCGUCAUCAAGGACCUGCUGGGCUUGUGUGAGCAGAAGAGGGGGAAGGACAACAAGGCCAUCAUAGCGUCCAACAUCAUGUACAUCGUGGGCCAGUAUCCUCGCUUCCUCCGAGCUCACUGGAAGUUCCUCAAGACCGUCGUCAACAAGCUGUUUGAGUUCAUGCACGAGACCCACGACGGGGUGCAGGACAUGGCGUGCGACACCUUCAUCAAGAUCUCCCAGAAGUGUCGGCGUCACUUCAUCCAGGUUCAGGUGGGCGAGGUGAUGCCCUUCAUCGACGAGAUCCUCAACAACAUCAACACCAUCAUCUGCGACCUGCAGCCGCAGCAGGUGCACACCUUCUACGAGGCCGUCGGCUACAUGAUCGGAGCCCAGACGGACCAGGCUGUCCACGAGCGCCUGAUAGAGAAGUACAUGCUGCUGCCCAACCAGGUGUGGGACAGCAUCAUCCAUCAGGCCACCAAGAACGUGGACAUCCUGAAGGACGCGGAGACGGUGCGACAGCUGGGCAGCAUCCUGAAGACCAACGUGAGGGCCUGCAAGGCCGUGGGGCAUCCCUUCGUGGUGCAGCUGGGGCGCAUCUACCUGGACAUGCUCAACGUCUACAAGUGUCUGAGCGAGAACAUUUCCUCCGCGGUGCAGACAAACGGUGAGAUGGUGACCAAGCAGCCUCUGAUCAGGAGCAUGAGGACGGUGAAGAGAGAGACGUUGAAGCUGAUCUCCGGCUGGGUCAGCCGCUCCAACGACCCUCAGAUGGUGGGGGAGAACUUUGUGCCCCCCCUGCUGGAGGCGGUGCUCAUCGACUACCAGAGGAACGUUCCGGCGGCCCGGGAGCCCGAGGUCCUCAGCACCAUGGCGACCAUCGUCAACAAGCUGGGCGUGCACAUCACGGGAGAGAUCCCCAAGAUCUUCGACGCCGUCUUCGAGUGCACUCUGAACAUGAUCAACAAGGACUUUGAAGAAUUCCCAGAACACCGAACCCACUUCUUCUACCUCCUGCAAGCCGCCACGUCGCAGUGCUUCCCGGCCUUCCUCUCCAUCGCCCCGGCUCAGUUCAAACUCAUCCUGGACUCCAUCAUCUGGGCCUUCAAGCACACCAUGAGGAACGUGGCCGACACAGGUCUCCAGAUCCUCUACACGCUGCUGCAGAACGUGUCCGGGGAGGACGCGGCGGCGCAGAGCUUCUACCAGACGUACUUCUGUGACGUGCUGCAGCACAUCUUCUCCGUGGUCACGGACACGUCUCACACUGCAGGGCUCACCAUGCACGCCACCAUCUUGGCCUACAUGUUCAACCUGGUGGAGGAAGGGAAGGUCAGCGUCGCGCUGAGCGCCGCCAGCCCGGCCAACAACCAGGCGCACGUCCAGGAGUACAUCGCCAACCUGCUGAAGACGGCCUUCCCCCACCUGCAAGAUGCCCAGGUGAAGGUGUUCGUCACGGGGCUGUUCAGCCUGAAUCAGGACAUCCCCGCCUUCAAGGAGCACCUGAGGGACUUCCUCGUGCAGAUCAAGGAGUUUGCCGGCGAGGACACGACGGACCUGUUCCUGGAGGAGAGGGAGACGUCGCUGCGUCAGGCCCAGGAGGAGAAGCACAAGCUGCAGAUGUCGGUGCCCGGCAUCCUGAACCCCCACGAGCUGCCGGAGGAGAUGUGCGACUGAAGCGGCAGCGAGCGGCGUGUACAGAUCGGCCCUGGGGGGGCCGGGGGGUGGGGGGGGGCGAGGACGCUGCCUGUUGAUAAAUUGUUUCCUUUUCGAGUGUGCUUGUGUGCGAGUGAUUCAGUGUGUGUCUGAGAAGAGAAUGAGGGGCCGGAGGGACCCGGGCACUCGACCAAAUAAAUGUCAAUAUGUAAAUGAGACCCCACCCCCCCGACCUUCCACGACCCCCGGUUCAGAUUCUUUUCCUUUUCUUUUUUUUUUCCUACAAACUUAUUUUAUACAAGUGUUUUGGUUUUUUGUGAGUGUAAUACGCCAUGUUUUGUUAAUUCUGUUGCUGAUUAAAGCUUUACGGUUAUUUUACACCUGCAUGAAGUCAUACGAAUUUAAGGUUGUUUUUUAAUCCCUCUUCACCUCUAUUUGUGAAUAUGUAAUAUAUAUAAUGUCUAAACAUUUGACGGACUGCUCUGGUUUCUGAAGCGCUCUCAAGGGGUCGGCGUGUACUUCCUUGCUUCCUUUGUUGUCUGGUUUUGGUGUGUGUGUGUUUUGUUUUGCUCUCUGAUGGAGGCAGUUGAUGAGGAGGAAGGCUGUGUGCAUUUCAUCCUGUUUGUAAAGCUGUCUUAGUACUCUGAGAAUAUAAAGUUGGCUAUUUUUACAAAAAAAAAAAUCAAUCAAA